CCAGCGACGGCGAGAUCCACAUCUCAUCAACCAGUCCCACAUACCUUCAGCAGCUCCAGCCGGCAACUCUGCCUUUGUCGAAAAAGCUUCAUUGAACAACACCCACAAAUCCUCCAAACUCGAGCGCCUGCGGAGUUGUCGUCGAGCACCAGGAGAAUCCCGUCACGGUGCUCGAACCCCACCGCGGAUUCUCUUAAUUCCUUCCCAAAUACCAGAUUCAUAUCUCAUUCUUCUCUCGCCCAGAAGAAAAAAACCCAAAUCUAAAAACUGGCGACCACGGAUUUCUCUCUCGUCGUUAGAUAUGAAAUACAUGCCAGCCAUAACACGUUCACCAACCGUCUAUUGCCUGCGUCGAGCACUGGGUAGAUCCAAUCGCACAAGGUGAGACCAAUACCAACAAAGAUUCAACAACAACGCCGUAUUUUCCAAGUCGGCCCCAAUGACCGAAGGAGUGGCGAAGCCGCACAAAGUCAUUCCUGGAGUAGUCACCUUCCAUGAUAUCCGCGAGUACCAGAACAUUCUAGUCGAGGAGAAUCUACUGUCACAGUUGGAGUUUGACAAGGAAGAAGCCAUGAAGCUCCCUGAAGAGGACAAGCUGCAGAAGACCGUCUUGCACCUUCGGUUCCAGUCUGAAGCAGAGGGUCAAAAGAAUCUUCAGAUUGAAGGUGAGAUUCAUGAACUCAAGGUUAAAAGUCAAAUCGAUUGAAUGAUCAAAAGAAAGCGGCCGAGAAGGAGGUUUUGGGGCUUCAAAUAGUUUGGAUAGUUUGGAGUUCUGUUAAGAUGAAUAUGUUUAUGAAUGAAACGAAAGUUCUAGAAAUUGUGACUGAGUUGUUUAUGUUGAGAAGAAUGUGAUUGCAAUUGAAAAAGGUGAUCAGAUUGUCAAUAUGGGUUGGAUGGAGGAAAUCUCCAAGGCAAUAGAGCCUCAGUUCUCUUUUCAGUUCUGAGUUCUUUGAAAAAAAACAACAAAUAAUGAAGGCAACCACGGAGUUGCAAAGUUAAACAAGAAACAAAAAAAGAGAAGCAGAAGUUGAGAAAAGAAGCAGAAAAGAAAGAAGGCAGCUGUCGCAAAAUUGGCAGCACUGGGAAGUAGCAAAGAGAGCACUCCCCUGUUAUUCAGUUUCUUUUUUUGAUGGAAUGCUAGCUAGCAAAAUCAGCAGCAGGCCAGCAGUAUAUCUGACCCAUAUUUCGAAUAGAAUGCUAGCUAGCAAAGUCAGCAACAACAUAUUUAGACCACUUUAAAAAUCCAUCUAAAGCAGACAAGUUGAAGAUGUGAAACUUCAACCAGCUAGCCAAGAUGUAGCGGCAUUUUUCGAUUGAAGGAAUGUUAGCCAACUAAGAAAAAACAGCAGCAUAUCCUAUCAAAAUCUGGAGAAACUCAAGCUACAAAGUUGAGUUAGGGGUUGAGGGGUUGAAGAAGAAGAAGUAGAGAAGAGAAGAAGAAGAUGAGAUACCAACUAGCGAAAGAUGCAGUGGUAUCACCGGUUGAAGAAGAAGAAGAAUAUUUUAUAGCUAACUAGCUACAGAUGCAUCAGCUUUUCAGAAGAUUGAAGGGAAGUUAGCUAGCUUGCACAUGAAGAUAUUGAAAGAUCGUCAAGACUCAAACCAGCGAUCAUGAAUGUCUAAGUGGAUCGACAAGGUUUAGAGGAAAUCAUCAUCAUCAACAAGUUUAGUUUUAUUGUCAAUGUUGUUAUGUUUUAUCUUUGUUAUGUUUCCAAAUGCUAGCUUGCACAUGAAUGAGAAACAUCCAAGGGUUCUAGGGUUUCAUUUUACAUAACUCAACUUUGUUGUUAAGGAUGACUGACCCUUCACAUUAAAAUCGGCGUUUAUGCAAUUAAAUAUGAGUUUGUCAAUUCUGGAAAUUUAGCGAUGGUUUUAUAGAGCUUUCGUGACUGUCCAUCUGACAGUUGCUAAAGGUACUGCAGAGUAUUUGAUUCAUUGCAAAUAAAUCCACGUAGUUAUGUUCUUUGCAAACAGAUCCUCAGAGUUUGUUAAAUGUCGAUUUAGUCAUUAAAUUUUCAGAAUAUUA